AUGCUCCGCUCGCUGCUGUACGAGCAGCUGAACAACGGCGCAGCGCAGUUCGUCGGUGUAGACGCCGUCACCUCCAGCUCCAUCGCACUGACCGCUGCGCACAGCAAUAGGCUCUGGGCAACCUAUUACGGCGAGAUCAUUUUAGGUAACGUCGAGGAUGAGGGCGACACUUUCAAGGUCCUAUUCGACACCGGCUCGUCGGAGUUGUGGGUGCCGGAUGAGCUGUGCGAGUCCAACGCCUGCCUAACCCGGAAAAGGCUUUCCCGUGCCGAGCGGUGGACGGCCAAGUACGACGACCGCGGCAACUACAUCCCCAUCCUCGUCAAGUACCUCACCGGUGAAAUGAGGGCAAUUGACGGCACCGCCGACGUCAACCUGAUGAACGGCAUCAAGGUGAAAGAUGCAAGCGUCGGGUUGGCAACGAAGCUUGACAUACCCAUCCUCAUGGAGCUGCCGUGGGAUGGCAUAGUCGGCUUGGGCUUCACCACCGAUGAUCAAACUGCACGCGGCGCCCGGCCGAUACUGGAAGCAAUGCAGCAGAACGCGGUCACCUAUCCGCACUUCAGAAACCAAUUUGCUUACUACAUCUCGAAAACUGGUGGAAAUGUGACAUUUGGGGGGUACAACAACGACUACAAGAGAUCGCCGGCCGACGAGUUCCAGUGGGCGCCCGUCAGCAACAAGGGCAGCUACUGGGCCGUGAACCUCCUGCAGUUGACCGUCAAAGAAAAUGAUCGGUUAAAUCGUCACCAGUUCGAUUCUGGGGAUCACAAUGUUGCGCAAUCCGGUACUGACCCCGGAGACGCAUCAAUGGGUGACUCCACAGCCGUCGACGCCAACCAACCAAACGACGCAUCCGGCAAGCUACCGCUUAAUGUUAGUGACAAACAGGGUGCAACGCCCAAACAUCGCAAAACAACAAUCGCAAACACGACCAUGGACGCCGUUAACCCGACUGGAAACCCAGCCGAUGAAUCAGGAUCGGUAGCCGGCGCCACGGCAUCGCAAGCAAACCGAGCGGCCGAGUCGAGGCCGCCACUCCAGUAUCGCAACAAGCUGCAUGACACCAAGGUCAUAAUAGACACAGGCACCUAUCUCAUAUACGCGCCUCAGAAUAUGCAAAAUCUGGUCUCGAGCCUCUUCGUCGACAGUUGCGAUGCCAAACGCAACCUGCCAACUCUGGUUUUUACUGUCGAGGGUACAGGCUUCGGUGGUAACAGCGAGAUCCAGCUGGAGCUGACUCCCGACGACUACGUGCUGCAGUUCACCGACGACGACGGCGAAACCAGGUGCACGCUGGGCAUCAUGGUUGACGACCAGCAGGAGGAGCUGCAGCUCAACGCCUGGACGUUCGGAGAGGUGUUCCUACGUGCGUACUACACCGUUUUCGACUACGACCAGCGGCAGAUCGGUUUCACGCCGAGCAGGGCUGACCUGGGCUAG